AUGUCUCGUCUCUCACCACUCAGAAAUAUUGCCCGCUCCCUCCGCCAGACGGCGUUCCCCCGCGCUUUGCCCGCGUUCCAGGCGAGGAACUACGGCAAGGGUCUUCAGACCGAUAUGAUGACUGGCGAGCUCAUCUCAAGACACGGCGAGAUUGACCCCUCUGCCCUCAAAAUCGACAAGACAACGUCAGCCAAAACUCAGCUCCCCCACGACAAACUCGUCUUUGGCCGCACUUUUACCGACCAUAUGCUCGUCAUCCCCUGGUCCAGCGCCACAGGCUGGGACGUGCCCCACAUCAAGCCUUAUGGCGACUUGUCUCUUGACCCUUCUUCCACCGUCUUUCACUACGCGUUCACCCUUUUUGAGGGUAUGAAGGCGUACAGGCAGGAGGACGGCACCGUGCGUUUGUUUAGGCCCGACAUGAACAUGGCACGAAUGAACAGAAGUGCCAGUCGUAUCGCGCUUCCCAACUUUGACGGUGAAGCCCUCACCGAGCUUAUCAAGAAACUCGUCGUCCUCGACUCGGAGUGGAUCCCCAAGGAGAAGGGCUACUCAUUGUACAUCCGCCCUACCAUGAUCGGCACCCAAAAUGCGCUCGGCGUGGGACCUUCCAGUGACGCUCUCUUGUUUGUCAUCUGCUCUCCUGUCGGCCCUUACUAUGCUUCUGGCUUCAAGCCCGUCCAACUGUUGGCUACCACCAAGUUUGUCCGUGCUGCUCCCGGCGGUACUGGUGGGUUCAAGCUCGGUGCCAACUACGCGCCCGGCGUGGUUCCUCAAUCCGAAGCCGCUAAGGAAGGCUACAGCCAGAACCUCUGGUUGCUCGGCCCUGAGCACGCCUUGACUGAGGUCGGCACCAUGAACUUGUUUGUCGCCUUCAAGCAAGCCGACGGCACUGUCGAGCUCGUCACCCCUCCCCUCGACGAUGUCAUUCUCGCCGGUGUCACCCGUGACUCUGCUCUCCAGCUUACCCGCGACCACGCCUCCGGCAAGGCCAAGAUCCCCGGUCUCCCCGAAAAGCUCGUCGUCUCUGAACGCAAGGUCAUCAUGAAGGACUUGGUCGAUGCCGAAGCCAACGGAACCCUCUUUGAGGUGUUUGGCACUGGUACCGCUGCUGUCGUGUCUGCCGUGGACAAGAUCGGUUACGAGGGCAGGGACAUCCAGAUCCCCGUCGGACCCGAUGGUCUCGGACCCAUCGCCAAGGGCGUACUUCACCAGAUGACCGCUAUCCAGACCGGUGAGGUGGAACACCCCUGGAGUGUCAUUGCGAACGACGUCAAGAUUUAA